GAAACGGCUGUAAUGGAGCCCAUGACGGUUACUACGUCGUUGGCAGGACCAGAUGAGUUCGAUCGCAAUGCCCCACGGAUCUGUGGGGUUUGUGGUGACAAGGCCACUGGCUUCCACUUCAACGCUAUGACCUGUGAGGGUUGUAAGGGCUUCUUCAGGCGGAGUAUGAAGCGUAAAGCUGCCUUCACCUGCCCGUUCAACGGAAGUUGCACCAUCACCAAAGACAACCGACGUCACUGCCAGGCCUGCCGACUCAAGCGGUGCAUUGACAUUGGCAUGAUGAAAGAAUUCAUCCUGACUGAUGAAGAGGUCCAGAGGAAGAAGGAAAUGAUACUGAAAAGGAAGGAGGAGGAGGCUGCCAAGGAAGCUUCUAGGCCUCGACUCAAUGAAGAGCAGUCACAGAUCAUCUCAUCCUUGGUGGAGGCUCACCACAAGACUUAUGAUGCCUCAUAUACAGACUUCUCACGCUUUAGGCCCCCAGUGCGUGAAGGUCCAGUAACACGCAGUGCCAGCAGAGCCGCCUCCCUUCACUCUUUGUCCGAUGCGUCCUCCGACUCCUUCAAUCACUCGCCUGAGUCGCUGGACAACAAAAUGAACUUCAGCAACCUGAUAAUGAUGUACCAGGAUGGUGCGAGCAGUCCAGACUCCAGCGAGGAGGACACCAAGUUCUCCAUGUUGCCACAUUUGGCUGACUUGGUAUCAUACAGUAUCCAGAAGGUCAUAGGUUUUGCCAAGAUGAUCCCAGGCUUCAGAGAACUGACAGCAGAAGAUCAGAUUGCUCUGCUGAAGUCGAGUGCCAUUGAGAUAAUCAUGCUGCGCUCCAAUCAGUCAUUCAAUCUUGAAGAUAUGUCCUGGAGCUGUGGAGGACCUGACUUCAAAUACUGCAUCAAUGAUGUCACCAAGGCGGGUCACACUCUAGAGCUGUUGGAGCCAUUGGUCAAGUUCCAGGUUGGCCUGAAGAAGCUCAAUCUACAUGAGGAGGAGCAUGUCCUGCUCAUGGCCAUCUGCCUGCUCUCCCCAGAUCGUCCCGGCGUGCAGGACCACAGCCGCAUCGAGCAGCUUCAGGACCACAUGUCUGAGACGCUUCAGGCCUACAUCCGUGUGAACCACCCUGGCGGACGCCUUCUUUAUGCUAAGAUGAUCCAGAAGCUGGCCGACUUGCGCAGCCUGAACGAGGAGCACUCCAAGCAGUACCGUUCUCUCUCCUUCCAGCCAGAGCACAGCAUGCAGCUCACUCCACUGGUGCUGGAAGUUUUUGGUGGUGAGGUUUCAUAG